CCCGCGACGCAGUUGAUUAAAGGUUCACGUGAACUUACUAAAAAGUGUUUUUUUUUUCCCUUCAGCUGUGAUCUUCUCUACGAACAUGUUCGGACCCGCAUUUGGUUUUUCGUUCUCGUGGUACUGCCUGAGCCUGUACAUUGACCCCACUCUGACGCCUGUCAUUCAGCGCGAAGACCCCAGAUGGAUCGGCGCGUGGUGGAUGGGGUGGAUGGUUCUGGGCUCGGUGAAGCUGUUGAUGGCGCUGCUGGUGGCGUUCUUCCCCAGAGAGCUCCCUCGCCGUGAGAAGCGCCCUGAAGACGCCGAUGGACUCGGAGAAGAACAAGCGCUGAAGCGACUUGAAGACACGCAGCCACAGGACUCGCCCGAGCGACGACCUCUGACUCCUUCAGCUUCAGCCGCCGACCUCGCCGUGCUGAAGCGCCGAAGCCAGCUCCACGAAGACAGUUUCUUGAAAUCCCUGCUACGACUUCUAAAAAACAAAGUUCUGAUAUACAACACUAUUGCCAACAGCGCGUUCUUCAUGGGUGGAUAUGGAUAUUGGCUCUACUUGGUUAAAUAUACGGAGACUCAGUACCACAAAUCAGCGUCAGGAGCAAGUAUGGUAACAGGCGUGACAUUCAUAGCAGCAAUAUCCUUGGGAAUGAUGUGCUCUGGACUGGUUAUGGGGAAAUUCAGGCCAGGGGCAAAAGUCGUCCUCAGCUGGAAUGUUUUCAUUGGCUUAUUGCACGUUGCUGGAAGUCUAAGCUUUAUUUUCUUAGGCUGUAAAGACAAUGGAGUUUAUGGUAUCGAUAUCUUCAGAGGCACGACUAAUUUUCAGAACGAGUGCAAUGACAUGUGUGAUUGCCGAAAUGUGAAAUACCAGCCUGUUUGCUAUGCUGAGAAGAGUAUCACAUUUUUCUCCCCUUGUCAUAUCGGAUGCAAGUCUAACUACCUUGAUACUAAUGGAUCAAUUGUGGUAAGUGAUUAG